CUGGCGGGGAAGGGAGGGAGCUAGCGGAAGGUGUCAUGGCGACCGUGCUCUGGGAUCACGUGCCCCGAGGGCCUGCUUUGGUACUUCCGGUCACGUGCCCUCAGAGUUCUCGCAGCCAGCGAUGGAGGCGAGACCCCCCAGUAACAGAGGCGGUGGCGGAGGCGGCGGAGGCUACUGGGUUUCAGCCUCUUCCCGGCAGCGUCUCUAAGAAGCGCAGAGGAUCUCCAUCCGACCCAGCCCACUUACUUAUUGCCCGCCCAGGGCCGUAGCUCCCACCUGAAUGGAACUAAUGAUAGAACCUACCUCAAGAUUGUCAAUCAGGAACUGAAUGAGUAGCACCUUGUAGCCAUCAUGGCAACUUCAUCUGAAGAAGUUUUGCUGAUAGUAAAGAAGGUGCGUCAGAAGAAGCAGGAUGGAGCUCUAUACCUCAUGGCAGAAAGAAUUGCUUGGGCACCUGAAGGCAAAGACAGAUUUACAAUCAGCCAUAUGUAUGGAGAUAUUAAAUGCCAGAAAAUCAGUCCAGAAGGAAAAGCAAAAAUUCAGCUUCAGCUGGUCCUACAUGCAGGGGACACAACUAACUUCCAUUUUUCCAAUGAAAGCACAGCGGUCAAGGAGCGAGAUGCAGUGAAAGACCUUCUUCAGCAGCUGCUGCCCAAAUUCAAGAAGAAAGCAAAUAAAGAACUUGAAGAGAAAAACAGAAUGCUGCAAGAAGAUCCUGUUUUGUUUCAGCUUUAUAAAGACCUUGUUGUGAGUCAAGUGAUAAGUGCUGAGGAAUUCUGGGCCAAUCGUUUAAAUGUAAACUCAACAGAGAGUUCUUCCACGUCCAAUCAUAAGCAGGAUGUUGGCAUUUCUGCAGCUUUUCUGGCUGAUGUCCGGCCCCAAACAGAUGGAUGUAAUGGUUUGAGAUACAAUUUAACCUCUGAUAUCAUUGAGUCCAUAUUUAGAACCUAUCCAGCAGUAAAAAUGAAAUAUGCAGAAAAUGUUCCCCACAGCAUGACAGAAAAGGAAUUCUGGACACGUUUUUUUCAGUCCCAUUAUUUUCACAGGGACCGGCUGAAUACAGGGUCAAAGGACCUCUUUGCAGAAUGUGCCAAAAUAGAUGAAAAAGGGUUAAAAACAAUGGUUUCAUUAGGAGUGAAAAACCCACUACUUGAUUUGACAGCUUUGGAAGAUAAACCAUUAGAUGAGGGUUAUGGCAUUUCCUCUGUGCCAUCCACUUCUAAUUCUAAAUCCGUCAAGGAGAACAGUAAUGCUGCCAUCAUCAAGAGAUUUAACCACCACAGUGCCAUGGUCCUGGCAGCAGGUCUCAGGAAACAAGAAGCACAAAAUGAACAAAAUGGUGAGCCCAGCAGCGUUGAUGGAAAUUCCAGAGAUGCAGACUGUUUUCAGCCAGCAGUCAAAAGGGCGAAGUUACAAGAGUCCAUUGAAUAUGAAGACUUGGGAAAAAAUAAUUCCAUAAAAACGAUUGCACUAAACCUCAAGAAGUCAGAUAGGUAUUAUCAUGGUCCGACCCCUAUCCAGUCACUACAGUAUGCGACAAGUCAGGACAUUAUUAAUUCUUUUCAAAGUAUUAGACAAGAAAUGGAAGCUUAUACACCCAAAUUAACUCAGGUUCUUUCAAGUAGUGCCGCCAGUAGUGCCAUCACAGCACUGUCACCCGGAGGAGCACUUAUGCAGGGAGGGACACAACAAGCCAUAAACCAGAUGGUGCCAAAUGAUAUUCAGUCUGAAUUGAAACACCUGUAUGUGGCUGUUGGAGAACUACUUCGGCACUUCUGGUCCUGCUUUCCUGUUAAUACACCAUUCCUAGAAGAAAAGGUAGUGAAAAUGAAAAGUAAUUUGGAACGAUUCCAAGUCACAAAGCUCUGCCCAUUCCAAGAAAAAAUUCGAAGACAGUAUUUAAGCACAAACUUGGUAAGUCACAUAGAAGAGAUGCUCCAGACAGCCUACAACAAGCUCCACACGUGGCAGUCACGGCGUCUGCUGAAGAAAACGUGAAGUGUCUGUGGCUCGCAGGUUGUGUGAGACCGAGAACCGUGGCCUGCAGUGUCUCUGGAAACCUGGCCUGAAGACAUGCAGAUGAUCACCCACAAGUGACAGGAAACAUCUGCACCACGCCAACUUUCGGAGCUGAUGCUUUUGUACUUGCACAUUGUGAACUGAAAGGAAAGGGACUGAUUAAACUAAUAGCUGGGGAGGUAAAUUAAGGCAGAACCAAAAUGAGCUAAGUUGCAAAUAUAUAUAUAUAUAUAUAUAUAUGAAUAUAUUUUUAAAAGACACUGUUUACUGCAGUUACUCAGGAACUGCUUUGAUUCAUAUUAAGCUGCUGCUUUCGGAAAUUAAAAAAAAAACACUUUUUAAAAGGGUGCAUUGAUAAAAUCUGAGGUUUUUGUUGUUUUCUGUGUAAAUUUUUUUUCUAAGUUUAUGGCACAGGGUACACCUUAAGUAUUUCUCCUCCAUCCUCUACUUGGAUCCUCAAGUUUUAGUGAAUUCUAAUUGUACCUUACAUCAGCAAGUUAAAGAGACUGCUUUAAAGUAAGCCAGAGGGAGACUGUUGCUCAACCAUCAGGAAACAGUUGUGCUCAGAAGACAUCAUGGUCCUGUGUUUCCUACGGAAAUAAGAAACAAUAAAUAUUGCACUGAAUGUGGUUUGGAGUCCCUAAACGAUAAAGAGGGAACAUAAUUUGCAGAAAGUCGUGUGGGGUUUUUAUGCAGAAUUUUGUCAGAAGACAAUGGUGCUGCAUGUUUUGUUUUUUUUUUUGAGUGCAAAUGUACAUUGCUAAGUUUUUUUUAAGAUGGCAUGUGCUUUGAAAGAAGGAAAUUGCAUUUUUAAGAGUUUAAAAUAAUCUUAUGAGUGAGAAAUAUAAGAAAUUUUAUUUUCACCUCUUUAGAAAAAAAAUAAAAGAUGUUUCUCAUAUCUCCUUUUCUGCAGUAUCUGACUGUUACUAUCCUUGGCGAUUUGAUAAUCAUUGCGUAGUGACUGAAAAGCCUAAGCAAAAAAAAAAAAAAUCGUUCUUAUGUCCUUGUUUAUGGAAUUCGUGCUGUGCCAUAUUUUGUUCCUAAUAGGAUCAACUGUUUAAGACUAGAUGUCCUGUAUUAAAAGUUACAGAAAAAAGUAAAACUUUUUAUAGCUGCUCUUUUA